AUGCAUACCGUACCCAAUCAGCAGUCAUAUCCGACCCCAGAUGGCGUCCAAGCACUGGAAUUCAAUAGGGAAUAUGGCGAUCGAGAGGGACAGCAGCAUAAAGAGCACAUAAACCACACACCAGAUUCUGAUCAAGAUGUGGAAUAUCUCUAUCUCAACUUUGACACAAUCUUGCCACACCCCGUGGGCAUCUCUUCCCCGCAACCGGGACAAGCGUCUCCACCACCAUGCCCCAAUCUCACAAAGUACGCUUCACCCUUCUUAUGGGCAGAAUCCCGCAAGACCGUCGUCACAGUCAUCUCUUGCUGCGUAACAGCUAUGUCGGCUUACGCUGCGGGGUCGUAUACCCCACCAGCUGAUGAGUUGACGGUCAAGUGGAAUGUGAGCAGGGUUGUAUAUAAUCUGGGAAUCUCUCUGUAUACCCUAGGCUUCGCUAUCGCUCCCAUGGUGCUGGCACCCUUCUCGGAAAUUAAUGGGAGGCGACCUAUCUUUGUGUCCAGCGGCCUUGUUUUUACCGUGUGUUUGAUCGGAUGCGGUGCCACGGAAUCUUUUGCUGGCAUGCUUGUGGCAAGGUUUUUUCUUGGUGUUGGCGGAUCUACCUUUUCCACUAUGGUAGGCGGCGUCAUUAGUGAUAUAUACCAUGCUGAACACCGCAAUGUCCCCAUGUCGUGCUUCUCAGGUGCAGUCCUCUUUGGGACGGGCUUGGGGCCACUCAUUCCUGGUUUCAUAGAUUACCGCGCCAAUUGGCGCUGGAUCCACUACUCCCAAGCCGUUGCUUCUGCAGUGUUAAUGCUUGUCCUCUUUGUCUUUCUCAACGAAACUCGGGGGAGCGUGCUUUUGAGCCGAAAAGCUAAAGCACUCAAUAAGUACUACGACACAUUAGAAAGCGCUGGCUAUGUUGGUGUUGUGUUUUGCUCAGACGACGGCAUCAAGGGGAAACAACAAGCAAGACGCAUACGGUGGAAGGUAAAAAGCGACGAAGAGCGGGAAAGUAUAACUAAGAUGAUCACCAUAUCCUGCUUUAGGCCGUUCCACCUUCUGUUCACAGAACCCGUGGUUUUCUUCUUUUCACUCUGGGUCUCAUUUAGCUGGGCGGUUCUGUACCUUCAGUUCAUUGCGAUUCCAAUCGUCUUUUCGACCAACUACCAUUUCAAUGUGGAACAGACCGGGGCAGUCUUUGCAGCGGUAUCUAUCGGUGCACUGCUGGCUACCCCUUUGAGCAUCUACCAGGAGAAGUUCGCUAUGCGGGUUGGCAAGAUGUCGAGCACCCCAGAAGGACGUUUGUAUUUCACAUGCGUUGAGUCAAUUUUGUUGCCCAUUGGUCUAUUCUGGUUUGGAUGGACAUCGUUUUCCUCGGUCCCGUGGAUCGUGCCGACAAUUGCUGUGGGAUGUUCCACGAUAGGCAUUUUCUCCAUCUACUUGGCCGCCUUCAAUUACCUUGCUGAUACUUAUCAUCGAUACGCCAGUUCAGCGAUUGCUGCGCAGUCAUUCUGUCGAAAUGUUAUGGGUGCCAUAUUCCCGCUGGUUACCAAUGCGAUGUUCAACAACCUGGGUUAUCCAGCAGCCUCCAGCCUUCUUGGGGGGAUUGGUGUUCUGCUGACAAUCGUGCCCUGGGUCCUCGUAUUCUAUGGACCUCAAAUCCGUGCCAGAAGCAAAUUUGCAAGUGUAUGA